CUCGACGGAAGGACGCUCGCGGUAAGGUGUGGCUGCGCUCAAGCUGAGGCUGAGGUUCUCUCGAUCGCGGGUACCACGGGGUUUUGCUUUGAGUGCUCGGCGGGUAAGCGGACGAGGAAGAACGAGAACGAGAACGAGAACGAUAGAUAGCAAGCAAACGGUCUAUGUGCGAUAAAUUUUUUUUUUACAUAAAAAGAGACAUUGCCGUUUUAAAAGACAUUUAAUUAUCAUCCACAUCCACUAUCAUCACAUCGCUUCUGUAUCGUCAGAACUCGUAUCGGUUGUGUUCGUUUUCGUUAGUUUUGUUCGUCGUUCCUUAGUUUCUCGGUUGAUCUCCACUGUACUGUUACUCUGUUGAUCACUCCGCUCGUUAUGUUUAUGAAGAUCUACACACAUGACAUAUACAUAUAUUGUUGCCAUUACUGUUACUAUUAUUUUUAAGUAAUAAUAAUAAUAAUAAUUAUAAUAAUAAUAAUAAUAAUAAUAACUACGACGAUAAUUGUGUGAUAACGUUGCGGUAGACAGUGAAAUAUUUAACAGUGAGUUGACGACAUUUAUUGUAUCAAGUGUAAAACUACUCUUACUAAAUAUUUAAAUUAUUUAUUUAUGUAAGUACUUUAUUUGAUUACAGACUUUAAGUUUAUUUGAGUGAUUAAUUUUGACAGAUAGUGUAAAAUAUUUUUAUGAAUUUUACAGCCGAUCAAAGUGGAUAUAAUUUAUUAUAAAACAAAAAAAAAAAAAAAAAAUUACUGAGUGACAGGAAGUUGAAUAAUCGAGAAGACGGAUUUUAAAAAUUAAUAUUAAACAGAGGGAGUAAGAGAGCAGUGAUUCCGGCGUACGCGCAGCAUCCCCGUGAGAUCAGAGCACGAGUACUUGGAACUGUACCGGAAAAAAGGUAUCCAGGUACAGCAGGGAUGGAGACGAUGCUCGGUCACGGUUUGUUAGAUAAACUUAAGAUAAAACGUCUUGUCACGGUUUAAAGUGACGUAGGGAUGACUCGGUACACCAAAGAGACCGGUUAAUGUGUAUAUAUAUAAAUAUAUAUUUAUAAGUAUAUUUUAUAUACGUGAGUAGAUAUUUUUUUUUGUGUAGGUACUGAUUUAUGUAAAGUGGUGUCAUGGUGGCGACAUGUGUGCAUGUGUACAUUUAAGUUUAAGUAAACAACAUUCCAGUGGACCGGAAAUGAAUUUACAUCGGUAUUGCUGUUUAAAUUAACGGUGGGAUCGAUAAUCGUGAGGUGACGAGCAUCAAAAGACUGCAUAAGGCAACUGCUGUUGACUUUUUUUUUUACCCGGUUCAAAUUAGCACACAACGCUGCUGGUUUAUGUAAUAAUAAAACAUUUACGCUGGGUCAAGAGAUCAAAUGGAUGUAACGACGUUUGCUCUCGUGAUUUUUAUAUCAAAGUGCCAUUGAGACUGGAACUUUAUUAUUUAUUAUUUUAAAUGUAUGUCAGUACUGACAGCUAGAUCUUGUGCCAUAUUUGCUGGUGCUGCUGGUGAGAAUAAUAAAUUGAUAUUAAAGUUUGAGAUUAUAAACCUCAAUAGUAAUCGAGGAAUUGAAAAUGCCGGGCGAAGGAAUGGUUGAAGAGGAGGGAUUCGUUGGGCCUGAGUGGCUUUUCAGAGAACUCAGGUCACAAGGUGGACCCGACAGGCUUCUUAUUUUGGACUGCCGUGCACACUCAGACUUCUUGGAAGCUCACAUCAGGAACUCGGUACCAUUGGCCAUACCCAGCAUCAUGCUGAGAAGGUUAGCCGCGGGUAAAGUUGAUCUACUGGCUACCAUCAGGUGUCUUGAGCUGAGAAAUCGAGUCGAGGUUUUUUUGUAUGGCGACGACGACAGCAGAGGUACAUUUGUCCUGAUUGGCGAUUCGACAGACCCAGCUGGACACCAGGGAGAGACAAUACAGGUCUUGAGCCGGAGAUUGAAAAACUCGGGUGGUUAUGUUGCGACUCUUAUUGGCGGAUUUGGAACAUUCAGAGAUCGAUAUCCAGAGUGGUGCGAAGGUAGCCAAGCAAAUGCUGAAGGACAACCAGGCCAGGAGAACAAUGUAGGCGAGCUAAUGGGUCUUAGGACUUUACGAAUUUCUACACCGCCUACAAGAGCUUACUCGGACUCUGACAGUGAUAGCACCUGCGAUUCCGUUGGUCCAGAAGAAGACAAAGACUUUCCUGUUGAAAUUUUACCUCAUCUAUAUCUUGGUAAUGCGGCAAAUAGUGAAGACCACGACGCUUUAUCCCGUCAUAGAAUACAGUAUAUACUUAACGUAACUGCAGAUUUACCAAAUGUCUUUGAGGACGCGGGAUUUAUAAAAUACAUGCAGAUACCCAUCAAUGACCACCAUAGUCAAAAUUUAGCGAGUUUUUUUCCUCAGGCCAUUCAAUUUAUCGAGGAAGCGCGUAGCUCGGACAAAGGCGUCCUAGUUCAUUGCUUAGCUGGUGUAUCAAGAUCCGUUACGAUAACGAUUGCUUAUCUGAUGCACAAGUGUCAUCUGAGUCUCAAUGACGCAUUCAACCUUGUGAGAAAUAAAAAGACAAACGUGGCACCGAACUUCAAUUUUAUGGAACAGUUGUUUAGGUUUGAGAGCGAGUUGCGUGAUCGAGGUGAUCGUAAACGCAACAACCGUUGCAUUGGCGCUUGUCAACCUGGUGGACCAUGCAAUUGUCCUGCUCCGAGUUUUCUCAGUCCCGUUGACUUGGGGCCGAGUCCCGACUCGGGUAUUGAAUUUGACAAAUGGGCCGCGAGCACUCCAGCAGAAUGAGACGGGCCAGGGGGGACCCAAUACAAUUUUUAGGUCCCUCCUUAUUUUUUAUAAUUAUUUUUUCACUCAUUAGCUAGGAAAAGUUUUAAAAAACCUAGUAGUUAAAAAAAAAGAAGAAAUAAUAAUAAUAACGUAGAUAUUUAAAUUAUUUUGUUUAAAUUUACUGUGAAAUAGUUUUAUCUACGUUAUGAUUUUUUUUUUCUUGUUUUUUAAUGUCGUAUGACGCGACACUGAUAAAUAAAAUAUAAUGGUCACAACGAAUUAACGUCAGUGGUUGUGACUUUCUGGGAGAGAGGAGAUUUAACGACUGUUGAUGAUAUAUUGAUGAUGAUGUUGUUCGCUGGUCGAACGGGCCAGAUUAAAACAUUAAAAACUAUGAUAGAUAUCAAUAUAAUAUUUAUGAGAAAUAAUUUUUGAAUAAAAAUAUAAAUCUAAAUACUUAUCAGUUUAAUAAAAAAUACUAUCAAAGCAUUAAAAUUUUUGCUUAUUAUUAUUGUGGUGAUCUUUAGCCCGCUUAAUAUUUUAAAUCAUCAACUAUUCCGACGUAGGACUUUACAAUUUUAUCCCGCAGGCUAGGAAAUUGUAAAUUAUUAUUAAUAUUAUGUACAUCUUACCACAUUGUAUGUAAACAUUUAAACUAAUUGUCAAAUUAUAUAUGUACGUAUAUGUAUAUAUAUAUUACACUGUGUCAAAUAAAAUCAAAUUUUUUUUCGGUCCCACACGAAAAUGACGUUGGAGGCAACAUAAAAAAAUUGGGGGCGAGUUGGACCCUGCAAUUAAAUUACAAAGCGCGCGCUCGCUUAAAUCAGAGUUCCCAUUUAAAUAACAUGGGAAAUUUUUUUAACUUUGAAGGUUUAUACCUCGGAAAUGGAUUAAUUAAUUGAGACGAUCAUUACAUAUUUUUGUAGAGAAUCUAAUGCUCUACAAAAAAGGUCUCUAAUAAUUUUUUGAUAAAUCUAACCGUUGAAAAGUUACUUUUUUUUUUUACGAAAAUUUCAGUUCUUUUUUCACAUAAUUAAUUUGUAAAACCUGUAAAUUUUUAACGAUGAGAGUAAAAAAUUAUUAAAUAACAUAUUUUAAUUGUAAAAACAAUGAUCUACAAGAAAGGUCCUAAGACGUUUUGCUAUAAGACUGAUAGUUUUGAUAGAAAAGUAAAAAAAAAAAAAAAAAAACGAUAAUGUCACCAUAAAUUUGAAUUCAAACUUAAACAACUUUUGAACGGUUAAAUAUAUCAAAAAAUUGUAAGAGACCUUUUUUGUAGAUCAUUAAAUUCUCUACAAAAAUAUAUUAUGGUCUUUUCAAUUUAUUAAUCCGUUAACGAGCUAUAAAAGUUUAUUUAAGCGAGCGCGUGUUUUGUAAUUGAGCAGGAGAGUCCGACUUGAUAUCCAUUUUUUUUUUUGUUACAUUCAACGUAAUUUUCAUAUAAAACAAAAAAAUAUCGAUUUUAUUUGACACAGUCUAAUAUUUAUGUACAUAUAUUUUUUUUUAUUGUAACAAGCGGUUACGGUCACUCGCGGUUUUGUAUAGCUCUUAUAUCAAACACCCGAUGACUUAGGGAGAGAGUAGAUAUGACUGUUGACAUUCUACGUAAAAAAUAUUUAAAAAAAAAAACAUUUAAAUCUCAAGUUGUUAUAGAUAUCUACCGACACUUUACUAUAAUACUAAUAAUAGUAAUAAUAAUAAUAAUAAUAAUAAUAAUAAUAAUAAUAAUAAUAAUAAUAAUAAUAAUAAUAAUAGUAUAAAUACAUAUAAUAUAAUAUUAUUUUUAAAAUUUGUCUUGCACGAUUAGCUCGGUACAUUUGAAAGUAUUUUGUAAGAGAAAGAACUUAUGUAUAAUUUAUUUUUAUUUUAUAUUAUUUUUUUUUAUAUAAAGAAAAUU